AUGGCAAACACAACACCUAACCUCCAACAAGCUGCAGUGGUGGUGAAUCCCGGCGAAAAAGCCCAAAUCAGCCUUCGAAAUGACCUGCCAGUGGCCAGUCCAGGACCAAACGAGGUUCUAGUCAAAUUAAGAUGUACCGGCCUAUGCCGCUCAGAGCUUCGCGCUGUUCAAGCAUGGGGCGCCUAUAAUUCCAUUAUCGGCCAUGAAGGAGUCGGUAUCGUGGUGAAAGCAGGGCCUGACACCUCAAAAUCCCUGCUGGGCCAACGGGUCGGAGUCAAAUGGUUGUACAGUGCAUGCAACGAAUGCUCCGUUUGCAAACGCGGUUUCCCGCACAAUUGCGCCAAACAGCUCAACACCAGCCGUCAUGUUCCCGGAACGCUGCAGCAGUACAUUAUUGCGGAUGCGAGGUUCCUUACUAUUGUUCCGGAUGGCGUGGCUGAUGAAAUUGCGGCACCAUUGCUAUGCGCCGGGCUGACAAUGGUUGGCGCUUUAUCAAAGCUCGAGAAUGAGUUGAAGACUGGUGACUUUGUCGUUAUCUCUGGAUCUGGUGGCGGUCUGGGGCAUAUUGGCGUGCAGAUCGCAACUAGGAUGAAGAAGUUGCGAGUCAUUGCUGUUGAUAGUGGUGAUGACAAGAGGAAACUGAGUCUCGAUUCUGGCGCCGAAGCAUUCCUCGACUUCAAGACUGAUGAUGUCGUGGCUCGGGUGCUGGAGUUGACUAGGGAGGGCGCGCACGCUACAAUCGUUGUUCCUGGAACAGAGGACGCAUUGAAGAUGGCCCCGAAUCUGGUGAGGAAUAUGGGUUUCAUUGUGAAUGUUGGCUUGCCACGAAAUGAUAUCCAAAUUCCACUUUCGGCCACACUUUGCACAGCGAGAGGUCUCACCUUCACCGGCUCCUCUGUGGGCACCGAGGAUCAAAUGACCGACUUGCUCAAAGAGGCAGCAGCAGGGAAUAUAAACCCAGCGAUAGAAGUUUUUGAUUUCUCAUCCGUGCCAACCUUGAUUGAGAGACUAAGGGAGGAUGGCAUCACAGGAAGAGCUGUGGUUAGACUACCCCAGUAA